AACACACACACAAUCAUCUGUAUUCUUCCUUCUCAUACUCUUCUUGCUUCCCAUUAUUCACUAUUCUCAUGGCUCUUCCUUCUCAUACUCAAUCAUCCAUCUCUUCCUCCUCUUCCUUCUCCUAUGGAUUCACUCAUGACGUUUUCCUAAGUUUUAGAGGUAGUGACACACGCUACAGUUUUAUUGGAAAUCUCCACAAAGAUCUUUGUAGGAAGGGAAUUCGCACCUUCAUUGAUGACAGAGAGCUUAAAGGAGGUGACGAAAUAACACCAUCACUUUUCAAGCACAUUGAAGAGACUAGGAUUUUCAUUCCUGUCUUAUCUACCAAUUAUGCUUCUUCUUCAUUUUGCUUGGACGAACUUGUCCACAUCAUUCACUGCUUCAAGGAAAGUAGCCGUCUAGUUUUGCCGAUUUUUUAUGAUGUGGAACCUUCUCAUGUGCGACAUCAACAUGGAAGUUAUGCUAAAGCACUGGAUGAUCAUAUAGAGAAGUUCCAAAAUAACAAGAAUAACAUGGAGAGGUUGCAGAAAUGGAAGAGUGCUCUUACUCAAACUGCUAACUUCUCUGGCCACCAUUUCAAUCCUAGGAAUGGAUAUGAAUAUGAGUUUAUUGAGAAGAUAGUCAAAUACGUAUCCAGCAAGAUCAAUCGUGUUCCUUUAUAUGUUGCCGAUUACCCCGUUGGUCUCCAGUCUAGGGUCCUAAAAGUAAAUUCAUUUCUGGAUCUCAGAUCUAAUGGUGAAGUUCAGAUGCUAGGGAUCUAUGGGACUGGAGGGAUGGGAAAGACAACACUUGCCAGAGCAGUUUAUAAUUCCAUAGCCGAUCAAUUUGAUGGUUUGUGUUUUCUUCACAAUGUAAGGGAAAAUUCAGCUAAAUAUGGUUUAGAGCAUCUACAGGAAAAGCUCCUUUCCAAAUUAGUUGAAUUGGACGUUAAGUUAGGAGAUGUCAACGAGGGAAUUCCAAUCAUAAAGCAAAGGCUUCACCGAAAGAAGGUUUUGUUGAUUCUAGAUGAUGUUCAUGAACUGAAGCAAUUGCAAGUUUUGGCUGGACGACUUGAUUGGUUUGGUCUUGGAAGUAAAGUGAUCAUUACCACUCAAGAAAAAAAAUUGCUAGAUGGUCAUGGGAUUGAAAGAGCAUAUGAAAUACAUAAGUUAAAUGACAAAGAAGCUCUUGAAUUGUUGAGAUGGAAUGCUUUCAAAAAUAACAAAGUCGAUACAAAUUUUGACGACAUUUUACACCAGGCUGUAACUUAUGCUUCUGGCCUUCCAUUGGCUUUAGAAGUAGUGGGUUCCAACUUGUUUGGAAAGAAUAUAAGAGAAUGGAAAUCUGCAUUAAGUCAGUAUGAAAGGAGACCCAUUAGAAAGAUCCAAGAGAUACUUAAAGUAAGCUUUGAUGCUUUGGAGGAAGAUGAGAAAAAUGUUUUUCUUGACAUCGCUUGCUGCUUCAAAGGAUAUGAAUUGAAAGAACUUGAAAAUAUACUUCAUGCUCAUUAUGGUAACUGCAUGAAUUAUCAAAUCAGAGUGUUGCAUGACAAAUCUCUCAUAAAGAUCUACUGGUACCUGGGGAAUUAUGUUGUGACAUUACAUGCCUUGAUAGAGAAAAUGGGUAAAGAAAUUGUGCAUGAAAAAUCUCCAAAAGAGCCAGGAAGACGUAGUAGGUUGUGGUUCCAUAAAGACAUAAUUCAUGUCUUAGAAGAAAAUAAGGGAUCAAGUCAAAUUGAAAUUAUAUAUUUGGAAUUCCCGUUAUCUGAGGAAGAGGUGAUAGAAUGGAAGGGAGAUGAGCUCAAGAAGAUGCAAAACCUCAAAACACUUAUUGUUAAGAAUGGUAGCUUUUCCAAAGGUCCUAAAUAUCUUCCUAACAGUUUGAGAGUAUUGGAAUGGCCUAAAUAUCCUUCACGGAUCAUACCAUCUGAUUUUUGCCCAAAGAAACUUUCUAUAUGCAAGCUACAGCAAAGUGACUUUAUUUCAUUUGGGUUGCAUGGCACAAUGAAGAGGUUUGUGAAUAUGAAAGAGUUAAAUCUAGACAAUUGUCAAUUUUUAACACGGAUACAUGACGUCUCCAACCUCCCAAAUUUAGAAAUAUUUUCAUUUCGAAGUUGUGAAAAUUUAAUUGAGAUUCACAAAUCUGUUGGGUUCCUAAAUAAACUUCAAGUCUUGGAUGCUAGAGGUUGCAGCAAGCUUAUGAGUUUCCCACCACUGAAGACAACCUCUCUUCAAGAACUGAUGCUUUCAUAUUGUGAGAGUCUCAAGACUUUUCCAGAAAUAUUAGGAGAGGUGAAGAAUAUAAUUUAUAUUACAUUGACAAACACUUCCAUUGAAAAAUUGCCAGUUUCAUUUCAAAAUCUCACUGGGCUUAUUCUCUUAGACAUAGAAGGAAAAGGAAUGCUUAGAUUACCUAGUAGCAUUUUUAGGAUGCCAAAUUUGUCAGACAUUAUUGCUAACGGGUGCAUAUUGUCCAAACUGGAUGAUAAAUUUAGUUCCAUGGUGUUUACAUGCCCAAAAUAUAUCAAACUGAAAAAAUGCAACUUGUCAGAUGAUUUUCUUCCAAUACUUGUCAUGUGGUCUGCUAAUGUGAAAAUAUUAGACCUAUCAGGAAAUAAUUUCACAAUUCUUCCAGAAUGCAUCAAAGAUUUUCAGUUUUUAUAUGCUCUUAUAUUGGAUGAUUGCAAGUGCCUUAGAGAAAUUAGAGGGAUGCCGCCAAAUUUAGCAUACUUGUCUGCAAUAGGCUGCAAAUCCUUGACUUCCUCGGCCAGAAACAUGCUAUUGAAUCAGGAACUGCAUGAGGCUGGAGGAACCAGGUUUUGUUUGCCAGGAUUUGCAAGGAUUCCAGAGUGGUUUGAUCACCAAAACAUGGGACAUACAAUUUCUUUUUGGUUUCGUAACAACCUCCCUUCCAUUGCUCUCUGUUUUUCUAAUAAAUUAGUUGCUAAAGCCAUUAUGUAUGAGAUAAUACCCACUUUAAUCAUCAAUGGCAAUAAUUGUUGUAUUCCAGUUCUGAGGAAUCAGGUUGGUGGAAUGAUGCAUCAUGAUACAUGUUUGUAUGAUAUGCAGCUGGAAUCUUUUUUAGACAUGGACAAUGAAUAUUUUUUAGAAAAUGACUGGAAUCAUGCAGAGAUUAUAUGUGAACAUCAGUUAGUGGAACCAAUAACAGAAAUUGGAAUCCAUUUUUUCAAACAGAAAAAUAACAUGGAUGAUAUUCAAUUCACCAAUCCUUAUGAAAAGAUAAAAUCAAAUGAUAAUGAUGUCGUUGUUGAUGAUGAUGAUGAUGUUUUUAUUGAUGCUGAUGAUAUUCUUCAUGAUGAUGAUGAUGAUGAUGUCUUUUAUGAUGUUGAAAAUGUUCUUGAUGAUGAUGAUGUUCUUGAUGAUGAAGACGACCACCAUUCACAGUAGUACAGGCCAACCACAAGACCACCCAUUCGCUGGUGCAAACAUUGAAACAUUUUGUCCUGAUAUUCGUUGAAAAAAUUAUCUCUGCUGUAUAAUAAUUUGUUUUGGAUCUGGUAUUCAUCUUGUUAAUCAUAUGUACAUUUAUGAUGUUGCAUGAUGUGAUACUUAUGAAUUAUUGUUUUCAUUACAUGCAUUACUAUCUCUUGAUGAUUGAGUCAAAAAAAUGUUGUCAUAUUAUA